AUGUCAUUGCAAUUGCUGAAUCCAAAGGCUGAGUCCUUGAGAAGAGAUGCAGCUUUGAAGGUAAACGUCACAUCUGCUGAGGGCUUGCAAUCCGUACUAGAGACUAACCUGGGCCCUAAGGGUACGCUAAAGAUGCUUGUAGAUGGUGCUGGCAACAUUAAGCUGACUAAAGAUGGUAAAGUGUUGCUAACGGAGAUGCAGAUCCAGUCGCCUACGGCGGUACUGAUUGCUAGGGCAGCUGCCGCCCAGGACGAAAUCACGGGCGAUGGUACCACGACCGUUGUGUGUCUCGUAGGUGAAUUGCUUAGACAGGCGCACCGUUUCAUUCAAGAGGGCGUGCAUCCUCGGAUCAUCACGGAUGGGUUUGAGAUUGCAAGGAAGGAGUCCAUGAAGUUUUUGGACGAAUUUAAGAUCAGCAAGACGAACUUGCCCAAUGAUAGAGAGUUUCUCUUGCAAGUGGCCCGGUCCUCGUUGUUAACUAAGGUGGACGCGGACUUGACUGAGGUCUUGACUCCCAUUGUCACCGAUGCGGUGUUAAGCGUGCAUGAUGCGCAGGCAGACAAUUUGGAUUUGCACAUGGUUGAGAUCAUGCAAAUGCAGCAUUUGUCUCCCAAGGAUACCACUUUUGUUAAAGGUCUGGUAUUAGACCACGGUGGCAGGCAUCCUGACAUGCCCACGCGAGUGAAAAACGCGUACGUUCUGAUCCUGAACGUAUCCUUGGAAUACGAGAAGACUGAGGUUAACUCUGGGUUCUUUUACAGUUCCGCGGACCAGAGAGACAAGCUAGCCGCUAGUGAGAGGAAAUUUGUGGAUACGAAGUUGAGGAAGAUCAUUGACUUGAAAAACGAAGUUUGCGGCAUGGAUCCUGAAAAGGGUUUCGUUAUUAUCAACCAAAAGGGUAUUGACCCCAUGUCCUUGGAUGUGCUUGCCAAGCACAACAUCUUGGCUUUGAGAAGGGCCAAGAGACGUAACAUGGAGAGAUUGCAAUUGGUUACUGGCGGUGAAGCUCAGAACUCUGUGGAAGACUUGUCACCUCAGAUUCUUGGGUUCUCUGGUUUGGUCUAUCAAAAGACCAUAGGCGAGGAGAAAUUCACAUACGUUACAGAGAACACUGAUCCUAAGUCUUGCACCAUCUUAAUCAAGGGUUCCACACAUUAUGCUCUUGCUCAAACAAAGGAUGCUGUGAGAGAUGGUUUGAGAGCAGUGGCAAAUGUUCUUAAGGACAAAAACAUCAUCCCAGGCGCCGGUGCAUUCUACAUCGCUCUGUCGAGGUACCUAAAAUCUGCCAAUAUGAACAAGCUGGGCGCCAAGGGUAAAACAAAGACGGGUAUUGAAGCGUUUGCAGAAGCAUUGCUGGUAAUUCCAAAGACUUUGGUGAAAAACUCCGGAUUCGACCCAUUGGACGUCCUCGCAAUGGUGGAGGACGAGUUGGAUGACGCCCAGGACUCUGAUGAGACAAGAUAUGUUGGUGUAGACUUAAACAUAGGUGACUCUUGCGAUCCUACCAUCGAAGGUAUUUGGGACUCCUACCGUGUGCUAAGAAACGCUAUUACAGGUGCUACCGGUAUUGCCAGCAACCUGUUAUUAUGCGAUGAAUUGUUAAGGGCUGGUAGGUCCACUUUGAAAGAAGCACCACAGUAA